GCAGAAGCUUGAAAGUUUGAAGACCGCGGAAAUCAACAAAGAACAACUUCAAAUUAAGGAUCUCUGCAAAUAUGUCCAUCGGCGUGCCCAUCAAGAUCCUGCAUGAAGCAGAGGGUCACAUUGUGACCUGUGAGACCAACACUGGUGAAGUGUACAGAGGCAAGCUCAUUGAGGCUGAGGACAACAUGAACUGCCAGAUGUCCAAUAUCACUGUGACUCAUCGGGAUGGCCGUGUAGCCCAACUAGAGCAGGUCUACAUCCGGGGCAGCAAGAUUCGCUUCCUGAUUUUACCGGACAUGUUAAAGAAUGCUCCUAUGUUAAAGAGCAUGAAAAACAAGAACCAGGGCACCGGAGCAGGAAGGGGGAAGGCAGCCAUUCUCAAAGCCCAGGUGGCUGCAAGAGGACGGGGUCGUGGUGGAGGAAUUGGAAGAGGAACCAUUUUCCAGAAGAGGCGAUAGUAUCUGCAAUGGUUAAUUUAAAAAGAUUGCAUGGUAGUAUUUUUAAUGUUUUUUUCUUAAGAGAAUACUUUUUUUCUUUAGCCAGACCUUUACAUUUUGCAAGACGGACACGUUUUUGACAUUGUAUUUUUUUUUUUAUAUAUAAAUGUAUAUUUGUAAUAAAUUGUCGGUUCCCCUGUCUGCUAACUUC